AUGGCGGAUCCCGAAGAGACUGGCGCGGGAGCGUCUCCCUGCUUGGGACCUCCUCCAGUCUUGAACAUCUAUCACGCGGCAGUUAGCAAUUUGACCGCAACGCAGCAGAAGAAGACCCUGCUGCUGAAGAAAAAAAUUCGGAUGGAGCAUGCAAGGCUCGCGAAGCUCAAGGAGGCUAAGAGUAAGGAGCUCAACAACCACCAGCAGCAGCAAGAAAACGCUCAGCAGAGCCAACAGCAGAUACAGCUGACGUCUCCGCUGACUGGCUUCGAAGUUCAUUGGACAGACGAUCCACAAAAUCUCGUCAGGCCGGCACUGAAUGUGGAAACUGCGGAUGAGGAAGCUUCCAUAAAGCUUCUGGUGUAUACACUCGAGAGAGCGUGUCAGUCACAAAACAGGCAUCGAGGUGUAUCGGCGACAGGGUUGUGCUUUCUCAUGAAUUACAACGGUUACUCGAACGCGAACCAGCCAUCUCUGGGAACCGCCCUUAGAUUCAUUCAAAUCUUCCAGUGUAUCUACGCUGAACAGCUCGCAGCCGCAUAUAUCGUGGACACGCCUUGGUACUUUACUACCUUUUGGAAUUGCAUUUCCCCAUUUUUGCCAACUCGAACCGCCGCGAAAAUAAAGUUUCUUUCGACUGGUAACCCCGAAGACGUGCAACAGAUCUUCAACGCUAUACACCCCAGAUACGUGGAAACCUGGAUCCCUGGCGGGCAGGCAACAGCGAAGUAUGACCACGACGCCUACUGGGCUGAAGAAGCAAAGCAGUUCGAGACAUACAUGAAGUUUCUGCAACGCGAAUUCUUCACGAAGACAAUGGCGCAGCGCUUGGCGGAAAAUGCCGCCUUUGGCGCUGCCAUAGGCCAAGGGAAAUCUGUUGAAGAGGCCGUCAAGAUUGCACAGAGUGUCACUCCGGAUAAACGGCCAUCAGGUUUGUUUGUUUGCUCGCUCACAACAGAGACUCAGGAGGGAGAGGAGGAGGAGGCAGAGGAAAGCGAAGAACCCGAAACCCCCGAGUCGUUAGAGGACGAACAAAAGAGGGUUAUGUUGCAGGAGGCUCUGAAGAAACAGCAGGCCUCCUCAGCAGGUUCUCCGUCCGCCGUCACAAUGGAAGCAACCACGCCCGCAUGA